CGGAACUUUUGUUUCAUGUGUUUGCGCAGUGCCGGACGGAGAAAGUCGACGGGCCGGAAUAAAAAAUGGCGCUACGUUUAGACUCCACAUUUUUAAUCCGAAAAAUGAAGGAUUUAAGGAAUUUAACGUUCAGAAGACAUCGAUUCAAAGAGAAAUGGGCUGCUUCGCACCCGAAACACCCUGCGACCAGUUUAGCUCAGCAGCAGUUUGACAUCACCUACAACACUCAACUGGGGCAGCUCUGGCCAUCGGUUCGAGUCGCCCUGCUCUCGGAGAAAAAAUAUGGAGCUCUGCUAAAUAAUUUCUGCAGUGAUGCUUUGGUGGAAGAUCUCCAUUCUCUAGGAUGUAGAGAUUUCCUCACAGAUAUAAACACAAAAGGUGUGGAGUGUGACUCAGAAGGUGGCGCAUCCCUUCCACACCUCAGUCCUAACAUCAAGUGCGUUGUCUUUCCGAGAGGGGAUAUAACAAGAUUCAAGCAAGCCAGACCAGAUGCAUCGGGGCUUUUAAGCCACUACCUGAUGGAUGCUGCGUCAGUGUUGCCCUGCCUUGCUCUAGACGUUCUCGAGGGCCACAAUGUGCUGGACCUCUGUGCGGCCCCAGGAGGAAAGACCUUGGCUUUGUUGCAGACUCAAGCCAUUGGUUUUUUGUGUUUAAACGACGCCUCUGUGUCUCGGACAUCAAGACUGAGAAAGGUGCUCCACAGCUUCAUCCCUAAAGCGCUUUUGAACCCUGAGAAGCUGCGCGUCACUUCCUUUGAUGGCAGCAAGUGGGGGGAAAUAGAACACAACACUUUUGACAGAGUCCUCGUGGAUGUUCCCUGUACCACGGACCGACAUUCACUCAUGGAGGAUGACAACAAUAUAUUCAACAAGAGCAGAACCAUCGAGAGACGACGUCUGCCUCAACUGCAGCUAGAGCUACUAAUGGCAGGAGUGGCGGCGGCGUGUCCGGGAGGCGAGAUCGUUUACUCCACCUGUACGCUUUCUCAAAUCCAGAAUGUUGGCGUUGUUCAGCAAGCCAUCCACUUGGCUCAGGAGAACCAUGGCAUUCAGCUUCAGGUAGUGGACCUGCGACCGCUCACACACAUGUUCAGGAACACCUUUGACUUCGCUCCUGGCCUCCAUGUGGGUGAGAUGGUCAUCCCACAUUUAACAGCUAACUUUGGACCCAUUUAUAUGUGCAAGUUGAGGAGGCUGACAUAGACUGUGGACAGUGGGAAGACUCUGCUGAGGUUUUUACUUUUUGCUUGUUUGCUAAGAUCAGUUAAAAAGUGAAUGCAUGGCCACACAUCCAAUAAAAGUCAUCAAUACUUUGUAAUAUGAAAUGUUCAACAGUAUAAGUACACUUAACAAACACUGAGGAGUAGGGAUGUACACCAUGUACCGUUUUUUUUGUUUUUUGGUACUGGUUCCAAAUUGGGCCAGUCCAGGAAGACUGUUUAGAUUCUGAACAAAUAAUACUGCUAUUAUUAUUAUGACACGCUGUCACAUUCAGUUCAAGUGCUGCUAAUAAGCACUGGUAGAUGAUAAUCAGCUUGGAGUAAUCACAAAUAAGGAGGCAACACCAUACAAAAGUUUGCAAUGCAACAAAUAAGAGUUAGUGUCAAUUUGAAGUGAGCGCUACCUAACUCACGACCGCCACUACUGCGCUUCAUCAAUCCGACCGACGGUUAAGCCACAGGUGUCAAACUCAAGGCUCAGGGGCCAUAUCUGGCCCGCGACAUCAUUUUAUCUGGCCCGCAAACACCUGGAAAUGAUAUUUGCCAAUAAAGUACUUAAUAUUUUCUCACUAAAUGUAAUGGAUUUUUUUCAUUUUGACAGAAAAAAUAUAUGUACUGCUUGAACUUGCGUGCAUUUUAAACUUCCACAGUAUCCAUUAUUGCAACAAAUGUUACAG